AUGGCGGGCGGAGAUGGCUCAUCAGAGCCAGGCGACGAUGAAAAGCUCCAUUCUGGAAAUGAAUCUCUUCCAAAGCCUACAAACCCCCAACCGACUGCAGAGGAAUCCGAGGACGAUGAUGAAGAGGAGGAAGAACCACGAUUGAAAUAUGCCACCUUGACGAGGAACAUUGUCGGAACUCACAAUGGAACCAUUCAUGUCUUUGCGUUAUCACAGUUCCAGCCGCUGAGGGUGUAUCAUGCCCAUACAGCUAGCAUUUCGGCGAUCUCGAUAUCCCCUUAUCCCCCUCCGCUACCCACCUUUCGUGGUGAACCAGCACAAAAAUUAUCAGCGGCAGCUGCUGCUACUAGUGGCAAAUCACCAUCAAGCUCUCCAGCGCCCAAGGGAAAGCAGCAACUUCCCCCCGUCCCGAACAUACCAUCCAACCAGAUCUAUAUUGCAACGUCGUCCAUUGACGGCAAUGUCUGCAUUGCAUCCUUGGUCGAUUCUCGAGAUGUGCAGCUACGAAAUUUCGGGAGGCCUGUGCAAACAGUGGCACUCUCGCCGGAGUAUAAAUCAGACCGAAGCUACCUAUCAGGUGGUCUAGCGGGAAGCCUUAUAUUGACCGUCGGUGGGCAAGCGGGAAAGAGUACCAAUGCUACUACAACAGGGGCUGCCGCUGCCGCCUCUGGCUGGCUAGGAUCUAUUGGUCUGGGGGCCCAUACAGGUUCAGACAAGGUCUUGCACGGCGGUGAAGGCGUUAUCAGUACAAUCAAAUGGUCUCUGUCCGGGAAAUAUAUUUUGUGGGUCAAUGAGCGGGGAAUCAAGAUUAUGAGGUCAAAUCUGAAGCUGGAAAGCGGAGAGUCGGACCAAGAGUGGAAAAGAAUCAGCCAUAUUGACAGACCCACCCGACCUGGAUGGGAAGAAAUGGCUGGAGUCUGGAAGGCCCGCGCUGAAUGGAUCGAUCGGGACAAUCUCGAAGCUGAUAACGACUUACCUAUCACCUCUGCCGUACCUUCUACAGCGAACGGCGUAUCACCCAAGCCAGGUCCCAAGAAGGCCAAAACCGAAGAAAUAUUGAUAGGUUGGGGAGACUCGGCAUGGAUAGUCAAAGUCUAUCCGGGGUCUACUGAGAACGGAACUGAGAGUAAAAUGGGACGCGCAGAGGUCGCUACGAUUAUACGAUUUGAUGAUUGUACAAUAUCUGGAAUUUCGCUAUAUACCCCGAGUUUGCUUUUAGUACUUGCAUACAUGGAGAAGAAAGGGGAUCACUCAACGCCCCAAAGCAAUGAACCGGGCAAAAAAGGUCGUCGUGUACGACACAAUGCCCUAGAACCGGAGUUGCGUUUGGUUGACAUUAACACAAAGGAGGAAAUCGGCACCGACACGCUCACUGUGAGCAGAUUUGAAACCCUUUCGGCGUCAGACUAUCAUCUAGGCGUUCUUCCGCCCGUUCGAAUUCCCGCUGGUCUCGUACAUAGAGGAUAUCUUAGUACGAUCGGUUCGGGGAUGAGCACAGUGGGCUCAGGUCUCUACACAGGAGUCGAAACUGUUGGCCAAGGUAUGUGGGAUGCUACGAUGUACGGACCACGAAUGUUAGGUGCCAAUCGGAUCUUCAGUGGUGCGGCAAGCAUCAGAAGUGGCGCAAGUGGCCCUGAGCGAACGGGAAGCACCAGGGAACGCAAUUAUCUUACAGGCUGGAUCCCUGGAUUGGGUUCAAGCGAAACGAAUGCCCACGAAGACGUGAAUACAAUGGCAGUCGCGCAGAGUAUGAAGAUAUUCAUCUACAGUCCCUACGAUUGUAUCGUCGCAGUCAGACGCAACCUCCACGACCGAAUGCAGUGGCUGGUGAGUGUGAACCGAUAUCAACAAGCUUGGGAGCUGGUGGAUCAGCAUCCCGAAGCCGCUGGAACCGCAGCAGAAUCUUUCGAACCAUCAACUCCGCCAACACCGUCUAAGGCGAGCUCUUUCGCCAAACCUAGCUCCGGCGUCCCGCCCAGUCCGACUCAAGCCCAUCACCAGGCCACCUUGGCCGAAUUUUUUGCGGACUCCGCCUCCGUUACCAGUUCGGCUCAAGUUAAGACGGAGAGCAAGUUCUCUGCUGCAGAGAAAGAGAAGCGCCGAAUAGGCGAGCUCUGGCUGAAACAACUGGUUGAUGCCAAUAAUUGGGUUGAUGCUGGCGAGGUCGCUGCCAAAGUGUUGAACACAACAACCCGAUGGGAGCAUUGGGUUUGGAUAUUCAUCAAAAAUAAGAAAUUGGAUGAGAUAUCGCCUCACGUCCCGACUCUGGAGUUGACACCUCCGCUUCCGUCAUCCAUUUUUGAGAUAAUCCUGGGCCACUAUGUGGAGACGGACAGGAUACGAUUCAAAGAGUUGCUUGAUCAGUGGCCGUCGGACUUGUUCGAAAUCAGCAGUAUCACGACAGCAAUUGAAGACCAAUUCCGAAACGGUAGUGCGCCCAAAGGUUCGGAGGACUGGAGAUUGUUGCAAGAAAGUUUGGCAAAGCUUUUCCUGGCUGAUGGGCGUUACAAUGAUGCUCUCAAAUGCUACAUCGGUCUUCAGUACGCCGACGCGGCUAUGUCACUGAUCAGGGAGCAUCACCUCGUCGACGCGAUCGCCGACGAUAUUCCCAGUUUUGUGAUGCUACGGGUAUCGCUUAACGAAUUGAAGUCGGCGUCACUGGACGAGCUGGGCGAGCUGGCAUCUGAACCAAUUAACGUCCUUGUGGAUGAAGCCACUGCGGGAGUGGUUGAGCCUGAUGAGGUCGUCGCGCAACUUGAUUCUCCCCUUCUGAAACCUUUUCUUUAUUUCUAUCUUCGUGCUCUUUGGCGUGGUGAGAGCACAGCGCCUGAACCUGCACGAUCUCGCGUCGGCCACUCCGCUGUUGUGACAUCACUUGUGGCGGACAGGGGCAAGCAACUGGUAGAACAAUUUGCGGAUACCGCGGUCGAACUUUUCACGGAAUAUGAUCGAGACCUGCUGAUGGAGUUUCUGCAAGCGUCAACAGCCUACACAUUCGAAAAAGCGGUCCAAGUUUGUGAAAAGAAGCAUUAUGUCGAAGAACUGGUCUACCUGUUGAGCAAAACCGGACAAAUGAAGAAAGCACUGUUUCUGAUCAUCGACGAACUCGGGGACGUCUCAAAAGCUAUCGCUUUCGCCAAAGAACAAGACGAUCAGGGUCUCUGGGACGAUUUACUCGAAUACAGUAUGUCGAGACCCCGGUUCAUUUCCGGGCUGUUGGCAGAGGUUGGGACCGCGAUUGAUCCGAUUACCUUGGUCAAAAGAAUACCGUCUGGACUCGAGGUCGAGGGAUUAAAAGACGGCCUGAAAAAGAUGAUUCGAGAACACGAUCUGCAGGAUAGCAUCAGCUCUGGUGUAGCCACGGUGUUGAGCGGUGAAGUCGCCGUUGGUAUGGAAACCCUGCGACGUGGUCGGAGAAAGGGUAUCAAGUUUGAUGUUUUGGAAGCCACUCCUCGUCCCAAGAAACCAGCAGUUCAUGAUGUCGACGGUCAACAAGAGCACGCGACAGAGCAGCAAGCCGAAGGCGGGAAUGAUGCUCAACCAGGACAUUGUGCAUCGUGUCAUAAGGCAUUUCACCAAGACGAGACGGAUACGCUAGUGGGAUUUGCUUGUGGACAUGUGUACCACGUCCCGCAUCUUCUCCGUGGCCCAGACGCGGAGGGUGAUGAAGUGCUUCUACCCCGGAAUGCGACUGCACAGAAAAGCCAGGAUGACGAAGGCGAUGCCGAUGAAACCCGGUUCUCAAGAUCCGUUGGCCCCAAAGUCACAUAUGCGCGUUUAUUGAAGGACAAGAUUCAAGCCGUGGGCGGGUGUAUCCUUUGUCGAGAGUCUAGCGAGAAGAUGGAAGCUGUGGGCGGUGGAUAA